AUUCUUCCCAUCUAAUUGCACAACCCAAUGGUCAAGGACACAAAGUACUAUGACAUGCUCGAGGUUUCUCCAGAUGCUUCGGAGAACGACCUCAAAAAGGCAUACCGUAAACUUGCUCUAAAGUUUCACCCAGACAAGAAUCCUGAUGCAGGCGAUAAAUUUAAAGAAAUCUCUCAUGCGUAUGAAGUGUUGUCCGACUCUCAAAAGCGCAGCGUAUAUGAUCAAUACGGUGAGGAGGGUCUUUCUGGCGAGGGCCAUGGACAUCACGGCAUGUCUCCAGAAGACUUGUUUUCACAGCUCUUUGGAGGCGGUGGUGGUAUAUUUGGUGGUGGAGGCGGUCGUCGUGGACCAUCUGGUCCCCGCAAAGGAAAAGACAUGGCACAUGCACUCAAGGUCUCUCUUGAAGACCUUUACAAAGGAAAAACUACCAAACUAGCACUACAGAAACAAGUCUUAUGUUCUGGGUGCGACGGAAAAGGUGGAAAGGAAGGUGCAGUCAAGACUUGCCCUGGAUGCAAUGGUCGUGGUUUCCGCGUUGUUAUGCGUCAGCUUGGACCUAUGAUUCAACAAAUGCAACAGACUUGCUCUGAAUGUGAGGGUGCAUGUGAAAUCAUUCGUGAUAAAGAUCGUUGCAAGACCUGUGUCGGCAAGAAAGUCGCGACUGAGCGCAAGAUUCUCGAAGUUUUUAUUGACAAAGGUAUGCAGGAUGGCCAAAAGAUUACUUUUGCUGGUGAGGGCGAUCAGUCUCCUGGAGUUAUUCCUGGUGAUGUCAUUAUUGUUAUCGAGGAAAAGCCUCAUUCCUCGUUCAAGCGAAAAGGCAGCGAUCUUUACUAUGAAGCCAAAAUUGAUCUUCUUACUGCUCUCGCCGGAGGCCAGUUUUCAAUUCCACACCUUGACGACCGUGUAUUGUUAGUCAAUAUUCUUCCUGGAGAGGUCAUUAAACCAGGAGAGACCAAGGUCAUUAACAAUGAAGGUAUGCCAACGUAUAAGCGGCCAUACGACAAGGGCUCCCUGUUUAUCACAUUCGAAAUUGUGUUCCCUAGCGCCAACUGGACUGAUGCUCAGCAUAUGAAGCAGCUUGAAAGCAUUCUUCCCCCUCGCCAAUCAUUGCCAUCCUUUGGCACGUCCGAGGUCGAGGAAGUCGUGCUUUCUACUGUCGAUCCAAUGCGUCAAAACCGGCCACAGUCAAACGCCAUGGAUGAAGACGAUGAGCAAGCGGGAGGUCCUAGUGUUCAAUGCCAGCAACAAUAAAUUUUUUUUAAAAAUACUAUUGUUUUAUUGUAUAAGAGUUGCUGAAAGAACAUGUUUGGCUGCUAAAGCAAUACUGCGUGCAACCAUGGCCACCGUCGAUUCGUCCUGGCAUUCCAAACGCACACUUGUGUUCAACCCUCGACGCAUCUCAUUGUCAACAGUGCAAGUCAAUAAAAUUUUACAAGCGU